UCUCUCCUUCCUCCAUCCGGUUAUGGAGGCUUGCUUGAAAGACAUUUAAACACAUCUGUGCUCUGAACUACGAGAAUAAUCCCGAACCAGAAACCACAUUUACUUAAAAAAAACAAAGAAACAAACAUAGUUCAAGAUGCCCGUGGCCGUCGGUCCGUACGGACAGACCCAACCCAGCUGCUUCGACCGGGUCAAGAUGGGCUUCAUGAUGGGCUUUGCCGUGGGGAUGGCCGCCGGCGCCAUGUUUGGCACCUUCUCCUGUCUCAGGGUCGGCAUGCGCGGCCGGGAGCUGAUGGGCGGAGUCGGGAAGACCAUGAUGCAGAGCGGCGGGACGUUCGGCACCUUCAUGUCCAUCGGUAUGGGCAUCCGCUGCUGAGGAGGAGGAGGAGGAACCCGGACUCCUCCGCACAGGUUUACGCGGCUAAUGGGACUUUUCCAGUAACUUGGCCCACGGCGGCGGCGCUCUCCGCCCGCCGGACGCCGUCACGCUCUCAACCGACCGUCUAGUUGUGUCAAUAAAUGUUGUCCAGAUCCGUAAAAAAAAAAAAAGGUU